GUACCUUGACAGGGCUAACGAUAGUCGCGAAUUCAAGCGAAAAAGUUUAAGGCUUUGCUGUGGCCAGAGACAGCAAUCCGCCGAACAAUGCCGUCUAUACUUACUUCACAGGCGCCUUCGCAACAACGCGCACCGUCCUGUGAUGGUAGGCAGCCGGUGAUUUAAGAGCUUAAUGAACACGCUCUUUAUGAUGACGCCGGUGGUCUUGCUGUUGCUAUUGUCCUUCUCGCUUGUACAGGCAAGCAAAACAGACAUCCCACAGCCCAACUGCACUGCAACAUUUAAUAUACCCGCACGCCGAUGCAAGCAGAUUUGUCUUACAAGAUUCGUCGCUCGCUUUAUACCCCUCUUCAGAAUUAUCAACAAGCCUGACGGUACGAAAUGCAAGAGAUUACUGACCGGAAUGAAGGGACAUUGUAAAGAAGGAAGGUGCCUGCUUGGUGGCGUGCUUGGUUUCUUUAUUAAUAGGACUCCGUUGAAGCAUAUCGGAUAAACGAUUCCUGACACAGCUAUAUGCCUUUCUCCGACGAAGAAAAGCACUUUAGUUUACGCCUAAUCUGAAAGUAUUAUAAUAAAGGCGGUUGGCCGGUCUGAGCUUAAUCUU